CGCACAUUGCGUGCACCAGGAGUAGAGACACACACAGACAUCAUGGCGGACGUUUUAGACCUUCAUGAAGCGGGAGGCGAGGAUUUUCCUAUGGAUGAGGAUGGAGAUGAAAGCAUCCACAAGUUGAAGGAGAAGGCCAAGAAGAGGAAAGGACGAGGCUUUGGCUCAGAGGAAGGAGCCAGAUCUAGAAUCAAAGAGGACUAUGAUACUGUGGAGCAGGAUGGGGAUGAGCCAGGCCCUCAGAGAUCUGUGGAGGGUUGGAUCCUGUUUGUGACAGGUGUACAUGAAGAGGCCACAGAAGAAGACAUCCACGACAAAUUUUCAGAGUUUGGGGAAAUUAAGAACUUGCAUCUCAAUCUUGACCGCAGAACAGGUUAUCUCAAGGGGUAUGCACUUGUGGAGUAUGAGACAUACAAAGAGGCCCAGGCAGCCAUGGAAGGGCUCAAUGGUCAGGACCUGAUGGGCCAGCCUAUCAGCGUCGACUGGGGAUUUGUCAGAGGGCCCCCCAAGAACAAGCGGAGGGCUGGUGGACGGAGACGCAGCAGAAGUCCAGACAGGAGGCGGCGUUAAGUUUGCCAGAGGAGGUGUCUGUCACUUUGACAGGCAGCUUAUAAUCUUCUAAGCUUCUCAUAAGGAGCUAGUUUCAAAAUUUUGUACAAUAUUUUUUCCAGUAACACUUGUAUGGCAUGUGGUUGUGGGAUUUCAAAUACUGGGAUGAGGAAUUGCUCCUUGAGAGAUGAAUAACGAAGGAAUAAAAUUGUCUUAAAGCAGCAUGUGCAUUUUAUUGUAAACUGUUUAUGCUGCUUUACAGUGCAACAGAAUGAUAUCCUUUCAGCUAUGUCAGUGCAACUUUACUUUUACUUUCAGCCCACUUGUAGGUAAUAUAUGUUCAUGGUUUUCCUGAUUCCCUUAAAAUGUUGUCUCAAUUUGCUCAGUUUUUCAUGCAUUUUAUUGUGCUGGAGUGCUUUGUUUUAUAUUACUUGGGGAAAAUUAAACUUUUUAAAAGGCAAA